AUGGAUGAUGGUGAAAUUAACAAAGAGCUGAAGCAGAAGCUAAACUUCUCCUGUGGUGAGGACGAGCUGAAAAAGGAAGAACACGAGGAAGCAGCAGAAAGUCCCAAGGUCCAGGUCCAGACCCCAGAGAGGUUGGACCUACAGCAAGAAGAGGCUUGGGUCAGCUCUCCCAGGACUCCCCUUCGCAGCACCCAUGGACCUCAUGUGGGUCAGGGGCAGGAGGAUAUGAGUCCUGAUUCUGUGUGGAGGACCUCAAUGUCCAGCCCUCUCACCUGUCCCCAAACACCAGCCCCGGUGUACAAAAGGAGAGCAUCACAGCAUCUUGGCAGCCCCGUCACACCCAAGAGGCAUCUUAGCCCGACAGUGGCCUCUCCAGCAGGGAAGCUUGCCUCCCGGGGCUCCAAGAACGUGAGGCUCACACCUGUGUCCUUCCUGGAUGAGGCCACCUCAUUGGAUCUGGUCAACAUCAAUCCCUUCACCCCAGAGUCCUAUAGAAAGUUAUUCCUUCAGUCCGGUGGCAAGAGGAAAGUCCGAGGAGAGCUUGAGGCAGCAAGUCCAGAGGGAGGCACAGAAGAACAAGAGAUGCCUGCCAAGAGAUGUGUCCUACGAGAAACCAACAUGACUUCCCGUUAUAAGAAUGAAUUUUUAGAGGUGGAGAAGAUUGGCACUGGGGAGUUUGGUACUGUCUACAAAUGCAUCAAGAGGCUGGACGGCUGUCUCUAUGCCAUCAAACGCUUAACGAGACCUUUUGUGGGAGUCAUAGAAAAGGAUUUGGCUUUGCGUGAAGUGUAUGCUCAUGCAGUACUUGGGCAUCACCCUCACGUGGUGCGUUACUACUCUGCGUGGGCAGAAGACAGUCACAUGAUCAUUCAGAACGAGUAUUGCAGUGGUGGAAGCUUGAAAGCUGCCAUAUCUGCAAGGAAGAAGUCCAACAAGUAUUUCCAAGAGUCUGAACUCAAGGACAUGCUUCUCCAAAUCUCCCUGGGCCUCAAGUACAUCCAUGGCUCCGGAGUGGUGCACCUGGACAUCAAACCCAGUAACAUCUUCAUUUGUCAUAAGAUGCAAAAUGACUUUCUGGCAGCCCCAGAAGAGACUGAAAUGGAUAGGUCUGCCGACGUGACGUAUAAAAUUGGUGACUUGGGCCAUGUGACAUCAAUAAAUGAUCCAAAAGUGGAAGAGGGAGAUAGUCGCUUCUUGGCUGGCGAGAUUUUGCAAGAGAAUUAUCAGCACCUCCCCAAAGCAGACAUCUUUGCCUUGGGAUUAACAAUUGCACUGGCUGCGGGGGCCCCGUCUUUGCCCAUCAAUGGCGUUGGCUGGCAUUAUAUUCGCCAAGGGAACCUUCCGGACAUUCACCAGACGCUCUUGGAAGACUUCCACGGGCUGCUCAAGAGUAUGAUCCACCGUGACCCAGAGCAGAGACCCAGUGCAGCAUCUCUGACCAGAAACCCAGUGCUGUGUCCCUCCCUGGGGAGUACAGAGGAGCUCUGGCAGCAACUGAGGCAGGAGAAGUUCAAGACAGCUGCGCUGGAGAGGGAACUGAGAGAAGUUCAGCAGGCCUGCUCCUCCACGGAGGAGACUCACCCCAAUGACCCUGAGGUCACCCACUCAGGGUCAAGAAGAAUCAAACACCUGGUGGGUGGAAAGAGCGCAAGGCCUUCAAGCUUCACAUAA